AUGAUCAAAGUCGACAGAGUCGGAGCAAAGAAGAAUGUCGCCCUCAUAACGCUUAAUCGGCCGAAGGCUUUCAAUGCUUUGUGUAAUCAGCUCAUGAGCGAGUUGUGUACGUCAUUGCGUGAACUCGAUGCUGAUGAGUCUGUCGGUGCAAUAAUCCUCACAGGGAACCAAAAAGCUUUUUCCGCUGGUGCGGACAUCAAGGAAAUGGUUAACCGUGAUUUUGCGCAAACGUAUCAGGGCCGAUUUCUGGAAGAAUGGUCGGCCGUGUCUACUACUUCGAAGCCUAUAAUUGCAGCGGUAAAUGGAUAUGCCUUCGGCGGUGGUUGCGAAUUGGCAUUGAUGUGUGAUAUUAUUUACGCUGGAGACAAAGCGCAAUUUGGACAGCCUGAAAUAAAUAUUGGCACUAUUCCUGGUGCUGGGGGAACGCAGCGUUGGGCACGUUUUGCUGGAAAGUCUAUGGCGAUGGAAGUUUGCCUUACAGGCAAUCGUGUUAGCGCUUCAGAGGCAAAAGAAUGUGGUUUAGUAUCAAAGGUAUUUCCAACUGAACAUCUAGUGGAAGAAGCGGUAAAGCUUGCAGAGAAGAUUGCCGAGCAAUCACCUCUUAUUGUGCGAAUGGCCAAGGAAGCUGUUAAUGCUGCGUACGAAACCACACUGAGCGAAGGUCUCCGUCACGAAAAACGUCUCUUCUACACAACAUUUGCUACAAAUGACCGUAAAGAAGGGAUGAGUGCCUUUACAGAGAAGCGUGCUCCAAAAUGGACUUCAUCGUGA